GGUACUUCCGCGACGUCACUAAUGACACGUAUUCAAAAUGGCGGCCGCGGCUAUGGAGACAUGGUGGGCCUUGCUGCUGUUGUCCUUAUUGCCUGUGGUCUGGCCCUUCUAUGUUCCUGGCGUCGCUCCCCGGGACUUCCAUGAGGGUGAUACAGUAGACAUUAAGGCAGUGAAGCUGACCAGCUCCCGUACCCAGCUUCCUUAUGAAUACUACUCCCUGCCUUUCUGUAAGCCCGAAUCUGUUUUCUACAAGGGAGAGAACCUGGGUGAGGUGUUACGUGGCGACCGCAUUGUGAAUACCCGCUACAAUGUUGAGAUGAACAAGGACAAGAAAUGCGAGACAGUGUGUGACAAGAAAAAGCUCAGUGUAGAAGAAAGCAAGCUGGUUGCUGAGCGAGUCCAGGAGGAGUAUUACGUUCACCUUAUUGCAGACAACCUGCCAGUUGCCACCAGGUUAGAGUUUUACCCCAACAGAGAGGCAGGAGGGGAGGAGGAGCAGAAGAAGGACGUGGUGAAAGAUAUCCAGUUUGAACAUGGCUACAGACUGGGCUUUGUCGACAGCAACAAGUUUUAUCUGCACAACCAUCUGUCCUUCAUCCUGUACUUCCACAGGGAGAAGCUGGAGGAGGGGGACGUUCACAACUACAGGGUGGUGCGAUUUGAGGUCAUACCCCAGAGUGUUAAAGUAGAUGAUCUAAAGGCUGGGGAAAAAGGGACUUGCACGCUGCCUGAGGCUAGUGGCUCUGCCCCCCAGGAGAUUGAUCCGACCAAGGAGAACGAGGUCCUCUUUACCUACUCUGUCCGCUGGGAGGAGAGUGAGGUGAAGUGGGCGUCUCGAUGGGACACGUAUCUGACCAUGAGCGAUGUCCAGAUUCACUGGUUCUCCAUUGUCAACUCCGUGGUGGUCGUCUUCUUCCUGUCUGGUAUUCUGAGUAUGAUCAUUAUCAGGACCUUGAGAAAGGACAUUGCUAACUACAACAGAGAAGAUGACAUAGAGGACACCAUGGAGGAGUCAGGGUGGAAGAAUGUCCACGGUGACGUCUUCAGGCCGCCUCAGUAUCCCAUGAUCCUCAGCUCUCUGCUGGGCUCAGGGAUCCAGCUCUUUUGCAUGAUCCUCAUUGUCAUCUUUGUUGCCAUGUUGGGCAUGUUGUCUCCAUCCAGUAGAGGAGCUUUGAUGACCACAGCUUGCUUCCUCUUCAUGUUCAUGGGUGUGUUUGGUGGCUACUUUGCUGGCAGACUGUACCGCACACUGAAGGGCCAUCGGUGGAGGAAGGGAGCAUUUUGUACAGCAACUUUGUACCCUGCUGUGGUUUUUGGAAUCUGCUUCAUUCUCAACUGUUUCAUCUGGGGAGAACAUUCCUCUGGGGCGGUCCCCUUCACCACAAUGCUGGCCCUGCUGUGUAUGUGGUUCGGUAUCUCCAUGCCCUUGGUCUACCUGGGCUACUACUUUGGCUUCCGCAAACAGCCGUAUGAUAACCCAGUACGCACCAACCAGAUCCCUCGGCAGGUCCCAGAGCAGCGUUGGUACAUGAACAAGUUUGUAGGAAUCUUGAUGGCUGGAAUCCUGCCAUUCGGUGCUAUGUUCAUCGAGCUCUUCUUCAUUUUCAGCGCAAUCUGGGAGAAUCAGUUCUAUUACCUCUUUGGCUUCCUGUUUCUGGUCUUCAUCAUCUUGGUGGUCUCCUGCUCUCAGAUCAGCAUUGUAAUGGUUUAUUUCCAACUCUGUGCAGAGGACUACCGAUGGUGGUGGAGGACUUUCCUGGUGUCAGGAGGCUCAGCGUUCUACGUCCUCAUUUACGCAGUCUUCUACUUCAUCAACAAGCUGGACAUUGUGGAGUUCAUCCCCUCUCUCCUGUACUUCGGCUACACAGCGCUGAUGGUCCUGUCCUUCUGGCUGCUAACGGGCACGAUCGGCUUCUACGCAGCCUACAUGUUCAUCAGGAAAAUCUACGCUGCGGUCAAGAUCGACUGAGUCGUCACUGACGCUGCUGUUCUUGUUGGGUUUUUUUGUUUGUUUGUUUUUGUCACAUUCUGUUUUUUUAAUGUAUAUAUUUUUUAUUCUUUAUGUCCAACAAGCACUGACUUGUGUGUCGAGGGAAUGGAGAGGGGGUGUUUUUUCGGCGCAACAGCCCCACCCACUGGCCUCAUGGGGGAAGAACAGCAAGGUGGCAGAGCUAAACCAGUUGUUUCUCUCUCUCCCCCUCUCUCCCCCCUCCGCUUCUAUCCCGCCCCCCACCACCCCCUCCUUAUUCCAGGACAGAGACCCAGAGGGAAUUCUCCUCUGAUGGGACAGUUAAUGUCCUCUGCUGUUUCACCUUGCACACAACACAGUGGGCCAAAGCUUGUCAAAUGAUGGUUUCUGCACACUGUCUUUUCAUUUGUGUUAGUCUAACUUAUGCAGGUUUUUAUUUUUGUCGUCACAGGAUGUUUCUCUGACCUAAUUUCUUUCAGUCAUCUUCUGGGAAGCUACUUUCAUCUGAUUUCCAUACAUAAAUUCUGUCUUUCCAUUGUCUCCGUUUCCAAAUGUCACUUUGGUAUCAUUUGGGAGACUUUGGAGAUCAGGGAAGGAUUGGGGAGUCUUAACUGUGGUUAUGGUGUUAGCUUUGUUGUGUCCAACUGAUAUGGAUGGAAAUUAUGCUGGGAAGUUCUACAAUGUAACAGAAGAAAGGAUAAAUUAAAUGUUCUAUUAUUUUUUACUUCAGUUUCCAUGUCCUGGUGUGACCAUGUUAACCACAACUAUAAUCAAAAUAUUAGCUUCUCCUUCCAAAACAAUGGGUCUCUUAUUAAUGUCAAACAUAUUGGUCCAUUUGCUCUAAAUGAUACAGAACAGCUCUGAAUGGGACUAUGAACCCGAUGCCCUAAAGCAGCGGACUGUUGGGUGGAGCUGCUGAAGUUGGAGAAAAGGAAAAGCUACGGGCAACGCAGAAAUGACAAGGAGGAGCAACCUUUUGUAUUUGGAAGACUAAAAUACAAAUGUGUGUUUGUUGCUUUCCAGUAGAAACUUACAAAAAAAAGUACAGGUUUUUCUGCUCAUUAACCACGCCGUCAGUGUAGCCUUAGCAGUGCCGGACGCCUGCUGAACUAUGCAGUAAUGGAAGGAAAGAGCAAAAAUGCUCAAGGACCAUUUUUGUUGAGAAAUAACGCCUCAUUUCUUUGAGUCUGAAUCUAAUGUAUGAUACAUUUUUUGUGUAUAAUAUGAAAAAUCUUUUGAAAGCCAGCGAGAUCGCCUCUGUGUGCUUCUGUCAGCAGUGGCAGAGCAGUGAAAUGUAAUCCACAGUGAUGUUAUUAGAGCUGUACAGUCGAUGUUCUUGUGUAGACUGAUGCCCAUAUUCAUGUUUUUUCCUUUUCCAAAGCUGCAAAUCUGUGGUUGUGUUUCAUGAGAUUUUUCCACUAUAAUCUUUAAGUUGCUUUUCGAACAUGGGUGGAACCUGAUUAAAACUUUUGCUUGACAAGCAACUCAAGCUAAGGGCUUCCCACAGACAAAUAAUGUAUUUUACUGUAGCUAAAUUACACAAUAUAUAUAUCAAUCAAAUGACACCAUAGUCAUGACAUUAAAGGAAUAGUUUGAUAGUGUGUGAAAUACACUUAGUUAGCUUGAAGCUGCAGUAGGUAACUUAUAAAAAUAACUUUUUGUCAUAUUUACUGAUACUUUCACUAUAUCCUGACUGUAGUACAUGAGACAUCAUCUGUGAAAAAUAGAAAGACACUUUGGGUUGGUGGCUUAAAGAUAGUUGAUUGUUGUUGAGUCUCAUUCUCAGUGUCUAUUUGAAUGCCUGGGAAUGAGACAAUUAACUAUCUUUGUCUGGCGCUGAUUGGUUAUUUUCGUUCAGGCCCGGUGGAUUCUUAAAUUGCCAUUAGGAGCACCUGAUUUUUUUCACAGAUUCUGUCUCAUAUACUACUGUUAAGAUACAGUGAAAGUUUCAGCAAAUAUAACAAAAGGUUAUAUUUAUAAAAACUAAAUACUGCAGCUUUAAUACAGAGACAGAAAAUGGCUAGCCUCGAGCUCUCCAAAGGUAACAACAUUUUUCCACUGUUUAGCUCAGUUAACCAGCGGCUGGAGAUAGCUUCAUAUUUAGCAUACACUUUAGUCUACAAGGAAGCAAUUUAGUGUACUAACCAAAAUGACAAACUAUUCCUUUAAAGACAACAUGAGCAGAUCGAUAUCAUUCUAACCCUGUUAUGUAUCUCCAGCACAGAACUGUUAUCAUUCUCUGCUGUCCUGUGACAGAAAGCACUGACAAACACUGACGCAUGAUUACAACAUAGUCAGUGGUGAAUGUUAGGAGAAUAUUCUCAAGGAGACUGAACUCCAACAAGCAGCACAGACCUGAAAAUCUGCUCCUGAAUAAAUCUUUAAAAAUGAGACCCAUACAGCAUGCAGGGCACUCCCGAGCCCUUCAGGUAAAUAUUGGAGUUGUGUUAAUCAGGGUCUUGGUUACCAUCAGACUAAUUUUAGAAGUUCUUCACAUGAUUAGUUUGUAGUGGUUGGCCGAUUUUUCAGUGUGGGGCCAUGCAGAGGAGGGACAGGUGCCUAUAAUAGAUCAACCCUGAUUCUGGUAAACCAGAUGAAUGAGUGAGUGAAUCAUCCCCCUGCACCCUUUCCUUCCUACAUUGUAAUCAAGCCAAGCAAACACUUGUUAAGCUAUAAAUGAGCUAGUUGAAGAGAGCCAGCCAGAUUACUGAAGUGAACCCUGCCACUUGCUAUGGGACGUGACUGCUCAUCCCGGAGGUUGCCUCCAUUCAAAUGAGUGUACUCUUGUAUUGACCAUCACUAUUUCACUUAUUUCCACUCAGAUACCAUCUCUCUACUCUCCCCUCUGUAUCAUGUCAAAGAGUUCCUGAGCUCCGACACUUGGCUGCUGUCUUAUAUAAAGACAGACAGAUGCUCCUCUCCUGCUGUCGGAGAUUUUUUACAGAUAGACUUUUAAGAGGCCCGAGUCAUGCAAGUGUAUGUAUGAUCCAGGGGUUUACAAUGUACAUAAAAGAGAACUGCUUUGUAUUUGUUGCGUUUUGCUGUUUGUGGCGCUCUCUGUAAUGAUCCUCUCAUCGUUUUAGCCAAAAGCAUGAUGCUCAUGAUGACUGUCAAAGGAACUUGUUUCUGUUACUUUUCUCUUUGUUUCUUUUCCAGAAUGUCCAGUUACAAAAUGUACAAAAGCAAAACAAUAAAGUGAUGACAAGUUGAAUAUGAAAA